AUGUCUUGGAAUACCAUCGAAUCGGAUGCUGGAAUCUUCACACAGCUUGUCAAAGAUCUAGGCGUUUCUGGCGUUGAAUUUGCUGAAAUUUCCACGCUAGAUACCUUACAGGAAGAGCUUGCAGGCGUGCUUUACGGAGUGAUAUUCUUGUUUCAAUACAAUGCCGCUGACUACUCAAGGGACUCACCAGUACAGGGGGAAUAUGACUACGAUUAUCCAGAAUCACUAUUUUUUGCUAAUCAAACGAUUCAAAAUGCAUGUGGAACGCUAGCGGUGCUAAAUACUUUGCUGUCGCUCGCUAAGGACCAUCCAGAAGAAAUCAAAUUGGGAUCAACACUUUCGGAAUUUUUGGAGUUCACUUCUGCAUUCAGAGACUCUGAACUACGCGGUGAGAGUAUUUCCAAUUCCGACCAUAUCAGGAACGUUCAUAACUCGUUUUCCAGCCCAGACCCGUUUGUUCUUGACGAAAAGCAGCAAAGGCCAGAUCGUCCCGCUGCUGAUGUGUUCCAUUUCACGAGCUUUAUUGAGCAUGAAGGCGUGCUGUACGAACUAGACGGACUUCGUCCCGCGCCAAUCAUUCAUCGCGAUCUGGUGAACACUAGCCAAGACAAGCUCAAAUUUGCCCAAAAUGUCACCACUGCUCUGCAGAACCGCAUGCAGCAGACUCUUCACUCCAAUGGCAAGUUCUCUGUCAUCGCCAUCCACAGAGACACGAUGGACUACUUAAACAGCCUGAAGGAUGAAGGUGCAAUCACAGACUACGAUUACGAGCAAAGACAAGCUGAGGAGCUGGCGAAGCAGCAAUCGUGGAGUAAAGAGAUAUCUUACAGAAGGCAAAACCUGUAUGGUUUGGUGUUUGAGCUUGCCAAACAAGUAGCGGGCUCGAUGUCAGAUGCAGAAUUCUCAGCUCAAAUCGCUCGUGCCCAAAAAGCCACUCAAAAUCGUAUACAGAAAUACCACAGCAGCGAGUAG